CUUCACUUCCCCUUUGUUUAAGCAAACUCUACGUCACGUCACGUAGUAAAAAUGUCAUUCGAAAUCUUAGUUCCUUCUGAGAGAGAGGCCCCUGGUGUCACCGACACCUUCUUUGCCGCCAUGGACAUCAACUUGUUGAUGCACGCACAAUUUCCCAACCCUGAGAGCAAGGAGUUUUUCCGAGGCUGGCUUUUCAGAGAUACUAUGGAUCAUGUCAAAAGCGUCGACAAGGGUGUCCUCGUUGCACGCGACCCAGAGACCGGGAAAAUAGCGAGUUUCGCUAAGUGGAACGUUCAGCGGCAACCGCGGUCGCGAGAGAUGGAAGAAGAAGCCGAUGAUGAUGAGUUCCCAGACUUCUGCCGUCGUCAAUACCUUGGCCCCUACGCGGAUCUUACUAAGAGUAAGAGAGACAAGGUCCUGGGCGACAAGACUUAUUACCACGUGACAUAUCUCUGCACAGAUCCCAAGUUCAAUGGCCGAGGGGCUGCGUCAACUUUGCUUCGUCGAGUGCAGGCUGAGGCCUCCAAGGAGAAUGCACCAGUUAUUCUCGAGGCUACCAUGAAUGCGGUCUCGUUUUACCAAAAACUAGGCUUCCAGAUACGAGAAGGGCUAAAUAUGGUGCUCCCAGCUCGUGGCUCAGAUGAACCAACUGAAUACUAUGAAGAGAGAGUUAUGGUUUGGGCACGAGACCGAAAGCCAUAAAGAGUUACACCGACGAGGCCACAACGUUGUCGCUAAUCGUCCCCACACUCACGUGGCAAAACGUUAAGGGUAAUUUAACGCUGAGCUUUGACUCAACAUCUCCAACAUGACAUCAACGGAGGUUGUAAGUCGAAGCAGAGCUUCGGACUAGACGGAGAGGUUUGGACCGUUAUCGGUCGGUAUAGCCGGUCACAUAGUGUAGCUGGUCGUGCAUUUCAUCGGCAUCACAUCAACAAAAGUCACAGCCAACAUGACAGAAGCUCCGGAC